ACAUUGCUUUGUAGUUCUGGAUGAUGAAGAGGGUCAAGAUACAUUGUCGUUAACGUGGAAAUUUUCUGUUCAGCAUGGAAUGGGCAUACCGUCGGUCGGAAUUUUGCUUCACGAGGUGAUCAAGCUAAUGUACCAUGCGAAAGUGAAGGAUCCGAUAUUCUUCAGGAUUGGUACGUGCGGUGGUAUCGGCCUCGAAGGUGGCACCGUGGUAAUCUCUGAGGAAGCGGUCGAUGGAAUGCUGAAAUCUUACUUGGAACUGCCUGUGCUUGGGAAAAUGGUGAGGAGGCCUGCGAAACUGGACCGGCAAUUAGCUCGCGACAUAAAGGCUCUGGCGCACCGCGACGAUCCCUACGACACGAUAAUCGGCAAAACCAUGUGUACUUACGACUUUUACGAAGGCCAAGGCCGCAUGGACGGCGCGUUCUGCGAGUUCACGGAAAAUGACAAGAUGGAGUACUUGAACAAGCUGCACAAGGCUGGCGUAGUAAAUAUAGAAAUGGAAAGUCUCUCGUUCGCGGCCCUCACACAUCACGCGGGCAUCAAGUCCGCUGUCGUCUGUGUAACGUUGAUAGAUCGAUUCAAGGGAGAU